AAGCCACUCCAUUUUAUAGAUAUAAAUUCUACGCCCCCGCAAAUGCAUCCCAAAAACUGUUCGCCCUAGGAUUAGGGAAAAGAUGCAGGAUUUUUUACUCCAAUCUUCUUCACAGAUCUGCAGAUCCUAAUAAUGGUACAAGGUUGGAAACCAGCGUUUAGUAUAUCCCUGUUGCUGAAAAACAAACAGCUAAAUAUACUUAUCCGUUGCGGGAAGAAUUUUCUAUGAUGACUGUUGCUGCUGUGGCCCUGCUGUUAUGUGUGUUUUCUGUUCUCUAAAGUGGUCUCCUCACACUGCACCAGCGCAUCUGGUAAAUUAUCCAGGUGCAAAUGGAUCCUUGACAGAAAUGUUAACUGAUGCAUUCAAUGUUCACGACUUAGUAGGUCAUACAUGUCAAAAGUGGAUUGGAGAAAGCUCCAGUCUCUGAUACUUGACCGGAUAAAACAACAACCCAAAGAUUAUCCUGUUAAGAAUUUGAUUCCUGUGGCAGAUGAGGUGCUAAAUGCUAGAGCUGUUCUCAUAGAAGGAGUUUCCAAACUUUUGAAAGUUGUACCACUUAAGGCAUGCAGGUGGUGUCCAGAAAUACACGUUGGUCACAUAGGGCAUCGUAUUCGAACGUGUCGAAGCUAUGAGAGGGGAGCCAAAAAUGUGGAGCAUGAGUGGAUGGAAGGCAGCAUCAAUGAUAUUCUUAUUCCUGUGGAAUCGUUUCACUUACGUAAUAGGUUUCAAACUGUAAUAGAGCAUGAUGAGAUGUUAGAGUAUGAUAGAAUUCCUGCUAUUAUAGAGCUCUGUAUCCAAGCAGGAGCAGAGAUCCCUGAAUAUCUGGCAAAGAAAACAGAUAAUUCUUUUUCUGAAAAUGCACUAACAUAUAAUUUCUCAGAUAAUACACGUGAUAAAGUAAGACAGGUUUUAGUGAAUGAGGAGAGAUCACAAUUUUCCUCCCCUUUGUUAGAAGAGCUAAGUGAUUUGGCACGAAGAACACUUUAUGCCUGGGAAACAAUGAGGUUAGGGGCCCAAAGGCUCAUGCAUGUCUAUCCUGUCAAAGUUUGUCAAUUUUGUCCUGAGGUUCAUGUUGGUCCUAUUGGACACAAAGUUCAGCGUUGUAGUUUAUAUAAAAAAGUUUUGAAAGAACAUAAAUGGAAGCAUGCUAAUCUGGAUGACUUGAUUCCUCCUAGGAAUGUAUGGCAUUUACGUCAGCAGGAUGCACCUCCACUAUUGCAUAAGGGGAGAGGUUAUUAUGGCCAUGCACCUGCUGUUGUGGAAUUGUGUGUACAAGCAGGGUCAGGAAUUCCAAAAAAAUAUAUCUGCAUGAUGAAGAUAUAUGGUUUGAGACCGCCUUCUAAUUAUCUCUGUUUCCUCUGUUUUGUUUUUCUUCUGUGCGCCUAUCCUGUUGUUUGAAUCUUUAA